UUAUCCCUAAGAUCUCCAAUUUUUUCUUAUUAAGAAGCUACUUUUACUCUCUCUUUUUUUUCGAGCUUUACCUUGUUUUCUUAAUUUAUUUUUUUUAGUACCAAUGGCCGUUGGUACAAUAUGUGAUUCUGAGUCACUAAACAAAGUAAUCACAAUUCCAAAUCCUACAAAGGAAAUGGAAGAAAAGCAAAUAAAAAUCAAAGAAAAUUGUAAAACUUCAGAUAUUGAUUAUUGGCAAAGGGCUCAAUGGCUUCGCGCAGCCGUAUUAGGAGCUAAUGAUGGAUUAGUUUCUGUUGCUUCACUAAUGAUGGGUGUAGGAGCUGUUAAAACAGACAGUGCAACAAUGUUAGUCGCGGGUUUUGCGGGAUUAAUUGCAGGAGCAUGUGGUAUGGCAAUAGGAGAAUUUGUUUCUGUGUACACACAAUAUGAAGUUGAAAUUGGUCAAAUGAUGAGAGAUUUAGGAACAAGUGAUAGAAAAGAGAAAGAAUUGGAGAUUGAGUUGGAGAAAAGAAGAUCAUUGCCUAAUCCAUUGCAAGCUGCUGCAGCUUCUGCAUUCUCAUUUUCUAUUGGUGGUUUGGUUCCUUUACUUAGUGGUUCAUUUAUAAGAGUUUAUAAGAUUAGGAUUAUUGCGAUUAUGGCAAUAGCUAGUUUGGCUUUGGUUGUGUUUGGAGGUGUUGGUGCUAUGCUUGGUAAAACACCAAAGGUAAAAUCUUCUAUUAGGUUCCUUCUUGGUGGAUGGAUGGCUAUGGCUAUCACUUUUGGGUUAACCAAAUUACUUGCACAUUGUAGUGGUUUGGAUUUGGAAAUUUGAAUGUUGUCCCUCAUUUUUAGUUAAUUGUUUUCUGAGUAAAAGUCUAAAAGGGUCAUUGAGAAAAAAAAUACAAAGACCUAUUUAUUUUUUUAGAAAUGAAAAGUAUUAAUUUGAUCCUCAAAUAUAUUAAAUGUCGGUUAAAUUAGUUUUGAUUGAGAUUAAAAUGUUGUUAAACAUUGUCUUAAUUAAUCAUUAAUUUGACUAUCAUUUGAAACUUUUUGAUGAUCAAAUUGAUGUUUUUCAUUUCCCAUAUGAGAAAUGGGUCUUUUUUUUUCUCUCAAAGACCAAUUUAAAUCUUUACUCUUGCCUUAUAUCAUUCGAAUAACUACUCAUUUAUGUUCAUUGUGAGCUUUGGCGGGCAAACGCUAGGAUGAACUAAUUUGUCAUUUGAUUCAUGUUGGACCAAUAAAAAUAAAGUCAUUUGCAAUUAUUCCAAUUUA